AUGACUUUAUUGGCAAACACAAUGAACGUUGACAUUAGGAAAGUGCCUGCUGGCGUUCCAGAAAAUAUCACCGAUUUGCAAGCCUACGAACUUCAAAGAUAUGCUGUGGUAUGUAGUGACUUUUUCUUCCAAUUGAAAAAUAUUUUCUGGGUUUUUUACAGGAAUUCAAAAGAUUAAAAAAUAAAAAUUAUACGCAUUCAGUCUGUCGAGAAAGUAAUGCGGAUUUGUCACAGCAAAGUGUCACGCCUUGUCACAGUCGCGCACCAAAUCACCAGCCGCGGCAAGCCGUCGGAAAGCGAUGAUGGGUGAUUGCAAGGCGUGACAAUUCCACAUUAUUUUCCCAACGGACUGAUAACACAAUUUAUCUAUUUGCAAAAUUAAAAAAAAAAGUACUUUGGGAGUCAAAGACCAGGAGUGGCCAUUGGCCGUUUUUAUAGCCGGGCUUGGACUUUUUAAAACUCCGAUAUUUUUGGAGCCUUGCCGGUGACUCGUUGUUUUCAAGCCCGUCCUCAAAAAGGUCUGAUCCGUCCAUUUUACCAGUCCGUUUUCGAUGCCGCUGGAGUGAAUUCGGUGACCUACACUUUACCAAAAAGUAAGGACGUUAACGACAGCCCAAAAAAAUCUAUUUCACUGAGCACAAAGCCGAAAAUUUUACAGUACAAAGUUAACUUCUUUUUCUCACAGUGCAUGUCGCCGAAAUAACUCCAGCGUUUUUCUAAACGGACUAGUAAAGACUUCCAUCCCAUGUGUCAGAUAAGUAUUGCUAAUGCUUUGUCUCACUGUAUUUUUCCAGCAAAACGACACAAUUGAUGAGGAGAUGAUGAGAUAUGUGGAAGAGGGACGCGCCGACACUAUUGCCUAUCCAUUUCAAAGAACCCGAUCGAGAACAGAACGAGUUCUAUUCAGUCAUAAGCUUUACACAGUAUGUCUUAUUUUUCUCGAAAAAAUCAUCAUGCAUCACGGAAAUAUUUUUUCGUAUUUUAGGCCAAACUUUUUCUGUUCCAUCGGCACUUCCACGAGAACGAAAGCAGACAAUGGUCGUUUUUUCAAGUCUAUGACGAUCGACUGUGGAUGCUGAUUGGGCUGAUUUUGCUGGCGCAGAUGUUCUUUUAUGUGUUCCACAAUGCGGUCGAACAUGGUUUGGAUCUGAGGAGCAUUGGAGAUGUAGGAGAUUUUAAAGAUGUGGAAUAACUCAUCGAAUUCUAAAUACACUGUUUGCGGCGGUUUUUAAAGAAAGUUUUUUGCAAGAGAGUAGGCAAAAUUAUGAGACUGGAGAGAGUAAUUGAAGAAAUUCUCGAAGUUCGACGCUCAGAUUUUGAUGAAACUUGGCACAAGUCUACAGCUAUAUUUCCUAUGAAAUAUGCAAUACCCUCAGCUCGCGCGUUACUGAAGCUACCGAGAUUUUUAGCCCGAAAGUUGUCAGAAAUACAACAUUUUUUUUCGAAUUUUAACAUUAAAAGUUUCAUGCCUAUGUUUAACUGGCAGAAAGAUGGCCAAAAAGCGUUAUUCUCUCUGACCACUCACCGUGUUUCGCGUGCUCUCUCGGCGGCAAAGGACGUUGAGUAUUUCGACCGCCGUUGCAAAGUGCGAGCUAAAACUGCCAGGGUUUGAUAUUUGGCCAAUACAUGAAGCGUGUGCAAAAUUUAAAAUAAAAUUUUAGCGUUGCAGUUCUCUCUUUAAAAGACAAUUUUUUUAAAGCAUAUACUUAUAUGCUUUCAAAAGCUAGCUUACGCAUUGCAGAAACAACGGAGAUUUUGAGGUCGAGAGUUUAUCUCUGAAAGAUAUGUCUUUCUUUUGGCGCAGAAAUGAAGCUUCUUCAAAAACUCAUUCGUUUUCGAGCGAAAUUUGUAGGAUUUUGGCCAAAGGAAGGUUAAAAAAAGAAUCUGUUUGCUCUCGACAUUUUAUGCGCUCUCUCGCUGACAGAUAUCGCUGAAAAUCUGUAAAGCGCAUACAAAGAUUCCAAGGGAUUUUCAUAAUUUGCAAUAUAGAUUUCACCAUGUGUCAAAACCUUCAGGCUUUCUGGUACUCGAUCCAAAUCCACCUUGGCCGACCAGUUCAAGGGCAACAUACCACGACUGCUGUCCGAUUCAACAUGGUUUCCGUCUCUUUUAUGCAUGUAGCCAUUGUACUGGGAUUAUACAGUUCGUGGAUCGUCUCUCAAAGGUUUCAUAAGCAUGAUGAGCUGCUGUCCGGUUGGGCAGAUGUAUUCCAGGUAAUUAACCAUUUUGAUGGCUCUGGAAAUCUUGGAUUUUCAUGAUUCUGAUGGAAUUAAGGACUGUGUUCUAUCUUUUCAGCGGCUGGAUAAAGGAAACAUGUACUUGGCUCUUCCGAAAGACGACUUCUUCUACGAAAGGCUGAUGGAAGCAGAGGCUCAUCCAUUCACCUCGUUACAUGAGCUGUAUCAGAGUAAGGAAAAUUAAAAUAUGUACUAGUAUUUUUAUAAAGUGUGUAGACUUUUUUCCUCCUUUUAUCGCAAAUGCGCAAUGAAUUUUGCUUUUUUUUGCAAAUUUUGGCAUUAAAAGUUUUAAUCCAAUUUUUACCGUAGAGGUCAAUUCUUCCCCAAAAAAUCAUUUUUUUCCGCUCAAAACUGGCAGAAAUGCAACCAAAAAGUUUAUUUCUUUCUGACCGCUCUCUGUGUUUUCCAUACUCUCUCCGCGGUAAAGGUCGUUGAAUAUCUCGGCUGUCCAUGCAAGGCGCUAGCUGAAAUUUUCAGGAAUUAUUAUUCUUGACAUGCGUACAAAGUUUUUCAAAAAAAUCCCACUUGAAAGCCUUCCCUUGUUAGCCACAAAAAGUCUACGCAGUUUUGAGAAAUCAUGGUACAGCGGGGGACCUGAUCCAAUGGCUAAAAACAUACCAUUUUGUAUCCGGGAAGUAUAAAAAAAUGUGGCAAAAUACCUCCCUCUCCAAGUGAAAAAAACGCUCUUUUUGUGAGGGAAAGGGCGCGCCCUCCUCCAAAAUGAAGUUUUUCACUUGUAGGGGGAAUCAUUUUCCCACAUUUUUGAUGCUUCCGGGACGCAAAAUCGUACGGUAUUUGCUACUGGAUCGGGUCUGUCACUGUAGCAAGCGAUUUUCCAACAUGGUCUUGCAGAAAAGCCCUCCAUAAUCAAGUUCUGCCCUAAUCAGCGGGAAUGCCUGAGCUGGGCCAACUCUUCGAACGCACUCUUCCCACUUCUCGAUGAAAGCACUCUUCAUAGGGCUAUGAAAUUUUACUGCAAGAUUGUCCCACCGAAACAUCCAAUGCUGGAGAUGAAUGCCCGUUUAAUCUUCAAGAAAGGCGAUGAACAGUUGAUGGAGAAGUUUGAUGAGGCUAUUCAGAAAAACGAGUUCAUGCUGAAGAUGAUCCAUAAUCGAUAUGUCAGUCGGAUUCAGGAGCCUCCUGAGCUGUGUCGAGAAAAGCCGUCAGGUAAAAGGGGGCUUUUUAUUGGGUCAUUUUAUCAGUUUGUCGGGAAAAUAAUGAGCGCAAUAUCGCUUCGUGAAACGAAAAAAUGGGACAGGGUGUCCACUAUUUUCUCGACAGGCUGAUAACUUGACCUUUCUGAGUAGUACCUUUCUCAGAAAGGUCAAGUUAUCAGUUGAGCUAGAGCUACAUUUCCAAGAGACGCUCUAAAACCUCCCGUAUGCGCUGUUCUAAUCCCAAAUCUUUUUUAUCGCAAGCUCCAUCGUGCAAUGUCACAGGCUCUAAACAAAAUGAAUACGGCGAUUUUCGCUCCAAAAUUUUCGCCAUUUUAUUCGAAAUAGGGUUAUCCGCAUAUCUGAUUUGGGAGGCGAAUUAAAAAGCGUCGGCGCAUCUUUCGGACGCAUCGGACUGCCGUGGAGAGUCGGGAAAUGUCAGCAAAUUCUCGAGUUUUCCGUAUAUAGAAAUUAGAAGAUGUACUGGAUAGAUACAAGCCUGGGUUUCGUCUAGAGCGGCUGACUCGUCUUGAACUUUGAAGGAAUGAAUGAAUCAUGAGAUAAAAUGGAAUUUGUAGGGUGGUAAAAGCAGUAAGGCUCGACUUGGAAUUUUCCAUACUCCUUUAUCAGCCUGUCGGGAAAAUAAUGAAAAAAGUGUCGCUGCGCCGAUUGCGUCGCUGAAGUGAAAAACAAUUUGAUUUUGCCGCGAUACAAGUCAUGUCUUCGGCGGCGAUGCAGUUUUUUAAUGCGUCAUAUGCGCCUAUUAUCAGUCUGUCGGGAAAAUAAUGUGGAUUUGUCGUGCCUUGGAGCCACCCAUCAUCGCUUUGUGACGGUUAGGCGCGGGAUGGACAUUUAGUGACAAGGCAUUUUAUUGCGACAAAUUCACAUUAUUUUCCCGACAAACUGAUCAAAGACGACUUCUUACUUACUGAAUUGACCGAGGAAAUAUCAUAAGAAGAAGUCGAAUUAGAGAAAAGUGUCCUGAACAAUAGCAAGAAAUCGGCGUAAAAUUUCGCUCUAGAAAAAGUUAUAAAAGGGACUCAAAAUGGUGUAAACCUUUGGUAAAUCCUCUUAAUUUUAAUUUUUCAGUCGACCAACCCUAUCAAGGGCUUUUUACGAUCUACACCUGCUUGAUGAUCACCGCCAGUUUGGCCUGUUGCAUCGAAAUCCUUGUGGCUAAAAGGAAAUGUACCCCAAAUGCGGCGUUCAGGUCUAACUCUAAUAAAUGA